UGUUGCAAACACACCAAGUUGAGUAUUCUGCAACUUAUGACAACGGCAACAACUUUUGAAGAAAUUGUUAUUUUGCGGCAAAAAUGUCUUUAAAAACUUACGGUGAUCGUCCAAUCAGUUUUCAAUUAGAAGAAAAUGGUGAAUUUUACUGUAUUGGAUCCGAGGUAGGAAACUAUCUAAGAUUGUUCAGAGGGUCUCUGUACAAGAAAUACCCUGGUAUGACUCGGCGAUUAAUAACGUCAGAAGAAAGAAAAAGAUUAGGCGACCUGGGACUCAAUCAACACAUUUUGGCUUCCAAUAUUUCACUUCUUCGAGCAUCAGAAGUUGAAGAUAUUAUUGAAGGCAGAGAAGAGAAGUACCGAGCUGUGUCUGUUCAAACCAUUGAACCACUUUUUCCUAAAGACCCUAAAGCUAAGAAACCCAUUCCAUGGGUACCAGCUAUUCCUAAUAGUUCUCACCUGGAUGCAGUUCCUCAGGCAACAUGCAUCAAUAGGAAUAGAUUGGGUCCAAAGAAAGUCAGAACAUUUCCCCUCUGCUUUGAUGACACUGAUCCAGCUGGUGUGCACGAAAACAGUAACCAAUUAGAGCUACUAGUGCCAAUUCGUCUGGACAUGGAAAUUGAAGGGCAAAAACUGAGAGAUACUUUUACAUGGAACAGAAAUGAAACCUUGAUUACUCCUGAACAAUUUGCCGAGGUUCUGUGUGAUGACCUAGACUUGAAUCCCAUCACUUUCGUUCCAGCGAUCGCUCAGUGCAUACGGCAGCAGCUGGAUUCGUUCCCAGCUGAAGGGGAAGCACUCAUCGAAGGCCAAACUGACCAACGAGUUAUUAUUAAGCUGAACAUUCAUGUCGGCAAUAUUUCUUUGGUUGAUCAACUUGAAUGGGAUCUCAGUGAACCAAACAACAGCCCGGAACAGGUUGCGUUGAAGAUUUGUGCUGAGUUGGGUCUUGGUGGUGAAUUCGUAACUGCAAUCGCAUACAGUGUUCGUGGUCAGCUUUCUUGGCACCAAAGAACAUACGCUUUCAGUGAAGCUCCGCUCUCUUCUGUGGAAUUGCCAUUCCGCCCGCAAGCUGAAGCCGAACAGUGGUCUCCAUUCAUUGAAACACUGACGGAUGCUGAGAUGGAGAAGAAGAUCCGCGAUCAAGAUCGUAAUACAAGGCGAAUGCGACGAUUGGCCAACGCUACCCCUUGGUAGAACCAUUAACAAUUCAAAUCUUAUUUUUACUCGGCUCUAUGAUUUCAUAUGCAACGCGUUUAGCUCUUUUUCAUUCAUAAUAAAAGUGGAGUUUCCUCUU